AUGGCGUCCCUGCUGGCCCUGCUCGUGCCCCUGCUGGCCGCCGCCAGCGCCUCCACCGUGUGGCACAAAGCCCUGAUCACGCAGGACCGGCUGGGCGCCGCCGCCAGGACCCAGACCGUCCCCGUGUCGGAGGAGAUCCUGUGUGCCAUCACGGCCACUCACACGCCCUGGUGCGAGCUGUUCACCCACAACGCCAGCGGCUGUGUGCUGUACGACGUGCUGCUGGACAGCCUGGCCGCCCCGCCGCCCGAGGGACAGGACACUGCCGCUUGCAGGACCCGACACCGCAACGUGUGCAUCGGCGAAGGCGAGGCGAUGUCCCACGGGACGAAGACGAAGGAGGUGGACUGUUUCCCGUCGCUCGUCUGCUGGGAUGGUGUCCUCGCUCCGGCGUCUUCCCCUGAGUUCUCGACGUGCGAGGCGCCGUUCUCGUCACUCGACUUUGGUUGCGCCUACCUGUCCACGGACACCAAGACCUGGUGCGAGGCGCGCCGGGCCUGCAGCGCCCUCGACGCCGACCUCGCCGUCCCUACAGCGGCCGACUAUAGCUUUCUACAAACCUACGUCUCCAACAAUAUGGCUGACAAAGAAGUGUGGGUGGGCGUGAAGGCUCGGAAGUGGCUGGACGGACGGACCGUGACGACCGGCGAGUGGGGCCCGUACGACCCUAACGGUUCCCCGGAUGAAUGUGCCCGCAUGAUGCCCGGCGGGGCCGGCGUGCACGACUUGGCAGACAGGAACUGCGAGCUCCUCUACUUCUAUCUUUGCAUGAGGAAGAUGGUUUAAGCUCAAGGACGCCAUAGUGGUGAUGUGGAUACGAUGACAAGGAAAAGAUGACGCGUUACUGUUUUAUUACAUUACUGUUACGUUAUGAAUCUGUAGAGAGUGACGGCCAUGUUCCUAAAGCUCUCGUAAAGCACAUACACUCAACAAGGCUUUCGUAGGAGUUGUGGGCUUUUCCAGGGGUACUUUUGUGACCCUGAUGGUAAUAUGACCCUUCUUCUGUACCAUGAGAACCUGAUUGGGCCAUAUUCUUAAACCUUUUGGCACUCACGCACAUAACAAGCACACAACAAGGCUUUCAUAGGACUUGUGGGCAUUUACAGAGGUACUUUAAUGACCUUGGUGGUAGUCUGACCCUUCUUCUGUACCAUGAACCUAAAAAGACACUAAUGAAAACCCGAUUGAUCUCCUUUUCGGCCUUUGGAAGUAGUUGACGUGAGAGGUGGAAGCGUCUGAAAAUACCAACCUUACUGAUCCUUCGAUGGCAGCGCUCAGAACGACCCCCCCAGCAGCAGCACCUUCAGGAAAUCACACCGGGAGGAGUCUUGAGGUCGGGGUGAGGUUGGACGCAAAGUAUCACCAAACACAAACACACAUUCAGUUCAGUUUAUUUAAUACUAAGGUUACAGCAUGCAAGCGCAACCCGCACUGUACACAAUCCAAUCUAAGAGUAUUGUUUCGGGGGUGUCGUGACGGACGGCGUGAGGGAGAGAGGGAGUUUAGCGUCACGAGGUUCCUAGACGUCACUGGCUGGUCGAUCCUUCGGGGUUUGGGUCUGUCGUUCCGGUCGUGGUUGAGUCGUUGACGUGUGAGGAACCAGUAGUCAUUUGUUUGAACUCUUCAGCUUGUUAAUGUUCUUUGCUUGUGUCGCGGAACAGAGAACUAAAUGCCAGGCUAUUGAUUUCA